AUGCGUCUCACAAUGGGCGAAGCAGCGGCUCUUCUGCUCAUUGCUUUUCCUAAUUUGAUCGCGGCACUCCCAGUAAAUACGGGUACCAAUGUUGAACAAUUGGUUCCAUUCAAGUUAACUAGUACGGGGGACGCGGGUAAAAGAGAUGUGGGGGAUGUGGAGAAAUUGAUUCCGUUGGUGGAUUCGAGGGAUUUGGAGCAGCUGGUUCCUUUUACGUUGGAUAAUGUGGAUACGGAGAGGGUGAAGAGAGGUGCUGGAGAUGUGAAGGUCUUGGUUCCGGUUGUGGGGAGAGAUGUGGAGGUUUUGGUUCCUGUUGCACCUACGCACUCGAAGAGAGAGUUGAAGAAAUUGGUUCCUGUUGUACCUUCGCACCCAAAGAGAGAGUUGGAGAGACUUGUUCCAAUUGCGCCUAGAGAUAUUGAGAAACUUGUUCCUAUUGCACCUUCACACCCAAAGAGAGAAUUGGAAACCCUUGUUUCGGUUACAUUAUCGACUGAAGGUUUUGAACAAACAGAUUUAGAAAAGCUUUUUCCUGUUGCACCUCCGCACCCGAAGAGAGAUUUGGAGAAGCUUGUUCCGUUUACAACAUCGACUAGAGAUGUUGAGAAGAGAGAUUUGGAGACACUUGUUCCGAUUACGCCUAGAGAUCUUGAGAAGCUUGUUCCGUUUACAACAUCGAUUAGAGAUGUUGAGAAGAGAGAUUUGGAGACACUUAUUCCAAUUGCGCCUAGAGAUAUAGAGACACUAGUUCCUGUUGCACCUUCGCAUCCAAAGAGAGACUUGGAGAUACUUGUCCCGGUUACACAGUCGAAAAGAGGUUUGAAGAGACUUGUUGCAAUCUCGCCAUCGACUAGAGAUAUUGGAGGUGUUGAGGAGAGAAAACCCAUCCCCCCUGUGGAUCAAUUGGAUCCGGGCUCUGUGGCUCCCGAUGUAGUAUUGAGUAUUGAGAAGAGAAGGACUAUUCCUCCUGCAUAUCAAUUAGAUCCUGAGUCUACCUCUCCAGAUGAUGUUCACAAUAACAACAAACGCCAAGAAUACGCCCACACCAAAACCGUCAUAGCAACCAUCAUAAAAACGAUCACAGGAGGCGUCGGAAUCCCUGGAUAUCCCGCUACAGUUAUUAGUGAUGUCACUAGUGUACAUAUCUCGACCAUCACGCAUCUUCCAUCUACUGUUACGGCUAUUGUAACAGCCAGUGCUUCUUCAAUUAUUGAUACUACUUGUACCGAAACCUCCACAUCUACUGGAGUUGGAACUGGGGUCACCAAUAUCCCAAUAUCAUCGAGUCCUCCCAUCCUGUCUACUGGCACCAAAGUGAGAGUAGUAACCACAACCCCAACGAGUGUCAAAACCGGAGUCAGUACUAGCCCAGCCAUCUCAAAUGGCAAUACCAGCACCAAAGAAAGCGCCAAGGCAAGCGGAACAAUGACAAGUAAAUUCAUCCCAUCAGGCACCGGAAAACUAGUCGGCCCAUCAGAAACUGGUACAGGCAAUAAUGGCACACAUGCUAGCGGCACAAACUUCCAUCUCUCGGGGACAGGAGAUGUUAGUUCUAAAACGAUCUCAACAAUAUCCAAGCCAUCUGCCUCGGGAAGCAUCACGACAAUCAUCGGAACAAGCACAACGAGGAUUUAUAUCACUGUAGAUGCUACUGGAAGUGGAACUAAAAAAUCUACUUCCAUACCUAUACCUAGCUCGAAGAGCAGCACGAGUAUUAAAACCACGAGUGGCAAAAAAACGAGUACUUCUGUUAAAGCAGCUGGACCUACGGAUAUUGUAACGAGCAGUGGCAGUACUAGUACUAGUAGUAGCGUUAAGAUUAUUUCUACUUCAUCGGUUAAAGCCACGAGUACGGUGGCGAGUAGGACGAAAGCGAAAACGACGUCGAGUACGGUGGUGGGGGUGCCAGUUAUGACGAAUAAGGUUGUUUAUAAGGGGGUGCAGAAGGUGUAUCCUAUUUAG